AUGGUGCAAGACCCCGGAGGGCUUUUCUUUGCCCUAUAUGUGGGCAUUGACGAGAGACUCCCAUACAACACGGACGACGGUUUCCGCCACUUCCUCCUCAAUACGACGAACCAGACACAGCUCAGCUCCUUCAUCAGCCAGACGGCAGACCACAUUUUGGCCACCUUCCCUAUCGUCCUCACAGCCGAUGUAGGCCUGUUUGUCGCUAACCCGGCCGACGGCUCUGAUGCAAUCUACAGCGCCAACUUUACUAACGACGACUACCACGGCACCUUGGUCUGGGGCUGGCAGCUGAUCAUGAUGGCGAAGGACGAAGCGCUGCACAGCAAGGUGUUGAGCGCGUACAACAGGCUCUGGGAUGUGAUUAAGGAUAAUCGGAGCAUCCUGGGCAACGAGGUCUGGAGCUGGAAGUAUGGGGAUGGAGAGGGGUUUGUGACGGUGCCCCUGGGGGACUACAAUCCGACGGAGAGCAAUAUUCGGCAGUUGUGGAGUCUGACAUUCUUGACUGUGAAGAGAAACGAGGCUCUGAAACGAUACUUUGUCUUCGUCGCGACCCAGAACAAGUCAUCAUCAGGGUUCCCCUUGGAGCAACCCGUUCUAGAAGCUCGAGACCGGGGAGGCGAGAGAGAAGUUUUGCGGAUCGCGUCGCAGCGUCGGUUGGCGCCAGCUGUGUACGCUAUCAUGCCGAAUAAGGUCGAGCGCUUGGAGUCUAUUUGCGUGUGGGUGGUAUAUCUGGAAGAAGAGGAAGGCGAAUGUGAGGAGGAAGAGGGGGAGCUUGAUGAAGAGGACGAUGAAGAGGAUGAAUAA